AUAUGUCACAUACUAUUAUCCGCCUUCAAGUCCACCUUCCUGAUAAUCAGAGGGUAUAUUUUAACGAAGGAGAAGAACGAGUAGCUAUAGAUCGUGCUGCACAGCGUGACACUCACCUAACCGCUUGGUUUAAAUUAAAUGCUGAGAUAAAUGAAGCACGUCAGUAUUCUUAUGUUGAAAUUCCGUAUCACUUUGUUUUUGAUGGUAAAAAUUGCAAGUGGAAAGUAAGACAAAGAGGCAGUGAUAAGGUGAUUGUGCGAAUGUAUAAAGUCAAUCUAACCAGUGAAGUAUUUUUUCUUAGAUUGUUGCUUUUGCAUGUAAAAGGUGCAAUGUCUUUUGAGGAUUUGCGUACUAUUCAUGGCACUGUUUUUAAUACAUUUCGUGAAGCAUGUUAUCGAUUAGGUCUAUUGCAAGAUGACAUUGAAUGGAGAAAUACAUUAACUGAAGCUGUAGCAACUCGAAUGCCUAAACAAAUUAGGCAACUGUUUUCCAUCAUAUUGACUUUAUGUGAACCUGAUGAUCCUUUACACCUUUGGAAUACAUUUAAAGAUUAUAUGAUUGAGGAUUACAUACACCAUUCAAUGCCAGUUGUACUUGCUGAACAGACUGCUCUUCGUCAAAUUGAAUCUAUAAUUAAUCAGAGUGGUAAAACUUUAACUGAUUAUAAUUUGCCUACAUUAGAUCAGUUAUUAGAUAAUGUCCUAGAAAAUGAUGAUGGAGAUAUUCAGGUAUUUAUUGAUGAAGCAAAUCGAGUUAGACCAUUAUUAAACGAUAAUCAGCGUAAUGUAGCUGAUGCAAUCCUUGCUGCACUUAGUGAAGAACCUAAUAAUGAAAAUAAGCAUUCAAGAUUUUUCUUUAUGGAUGGGCCUGCCGGUUGUGGUAAAACAUUUACUUACAAUUAUUUAAUUGCUGAAACACGCAGCAGGCAUAUUAGAACUGCAACAGCUGCAUGGACAGGAAUAGCUGCAACUCUUCUUAAGAAUGGAUGCACAUUGCACGGCUUAUUCAAACUUCCUGUUCCAAUUUUGGAAACUAGCACAUGUAAUGUAACUCCAAACUCCAUUCAUGGUAGAUUCCUGAGACAAGUUAGUUUAUAUUUACUCGAUGAAGCAUCUAUGAUACCCAAACAUGCUUUGAGUGCCAUUGAUAAGUUAUUACAAGAUAUUUGUAAUAAUAAGUUUCCUUUUGGUGGUAAAGUUAUUCUUAUGGGUGGAGAUUUUCGACAAAUACUUCCAGUUGUGAAGAGAGGUCGACCAGCAGAUGUUGUAGAAUCAUGUAUAAAGUGUUCUGAACAUUGGCAAUAUGUGCAAAGGUUUUCAUUAACUGAAAAUAUGAGGGUUCAGAUAGGAGAAAAGGAAUUUUCUCAAUGGCUUUUAAAGCUUGGAAGUGGAACAUUACCUGUCAAGCCUGAAGAUCCUUUGCAAGGGUGUAUUGAAAUACCUGAGCAGUGUUUUCUCAAUGAUAAUGAAUCUAUUGUGGAAAAGAUUUUUGGUGGUGCAGAAGAAGCUGAUUAUGCAAAACGUGCUAUUUUAACACCAACAAAUGUUGAUUCAUUGGCAAUAAAUGAAGAAGUCCUUCAUCGAUUACCGGGUGAUGUUAAAACUUAUUUAAGUUCAGAUAGCAUUGAAACUGAUGAUCAUAAUGAAAUUUAUAAUUUUCCAGUUGAGUUUUUAAAUACUUUGACUCCAUCAGGUAUGCCUGUUCAUUGCCUAAAGUUGAAAAUUGGUGCUGUUAUAAUGCUACUUAGAAAUUUAGAUCUCAAAGGUGGACUUUGUAAUGGAACACGUUUGAUGGUGCGUGCACUACACAACAAUUACAUUGAUGGUGAGGUUCUAACAGGUGUAUCAGCUGGUAACAGGGUAUUUGUUCCUCGAGUUCAAUUAGCUCCAUCAGAUUCAAAUUUACCUUUUACACUUAAACGUCGUCAAUUUCCAGUUAGGUUAGCAUACUCAAUGACCAUAAAUAAAAGUCAAGGUCAAACAUUUGAUAAAGUUGGUGUUUAUCUCAAAAAGCCUUGCUUUUCACACGGCCAAUUAUAUGUUGCAUGUUCAAGAACAAAAUCUUUUAAUAGUUUGUUUUUUAAAGUUGAUAAACAUGCAUUACAAGGUAUGUCAUUUAACAAAUAUUACACAAAUAAUGUUGUGUUUACAAAUGUUCUUAAUUUAUAAUUUUGACAAGUUUGU